CCUCGACAUCGACGCGCCAGGCCGUGCGCCCUCUUUCGCUUCCACCCUCACUUUCGCAGAUGUUGCAAGUACAAAAGGCUUCUCAGCGCGCUGUUCUCCGGCGCUCACGUCAUGCUGCUGCCGUCCACGUCGGUCGCUGGAAUCCUUCGCGAGGACUCGCGACACCAUCUGAACCCUACGAUGCUAUAGUUAUUGGUGCAGGUCCUGGCGGAUAUGUUGCAGCUAUCAAGGCCGCACAGCUGGGUCUCAAGACCGCAUGUAUCGAGAAGCGAGAUGCGCUCGGUGGAACGUGUCUCAAUGUCGGCUGCAUUCCCUCAAAAGCCAUGCUCAACAACUCGCACAUGUACCACCAGACACAACAUGACAUUAAGAGACGCGGUAUCGAUGUGUCCGGCGUCUCCUUAAACCUCCCUCAGAUGCUCAAGGCAAAAGAGGAUGCCGUAUACGGUCUGACCCGUGGAGUCGAGACGCUCUUCAAGAUGAACAAGGUCGACUGGAUCAAGGGCACCGCAAGCUUCGUUUCGCCCACGCGCCUCAGCGUCCAGCUGAACGAGGGUGGCGAGACUGAAGUCGAGGCGAAGAACAUCAUCAUCGCGACCGGCUCGGACGUCGCACCUUUCCCCGGUGGCGGCAUCGAGAUCGACGAGAAGCAGAUCGUCUCGUCAACAGGUGCACUCUCACUCCAGAAGGUCCCGGAGAAGAUGGUUAUCAUUGGUGGUGGCAUCAUUGGUCUGGAGAUGGGUAGCGUUUGGAGCCGGCUGGGCGCGCAGGUGACAGUUGUGGAGUUCCUGAGUGGCAUUGGUGGCGCGGGUAUCGACGAGGAGAUUGCCAAGCAGUUCCAGAAGAUCUUGGCGAAGCAGGGUAUCAAGUUCAUGCUGAACACCAAGGUGCUCUCGGCUGAGAAGAAAGAUGGGAAGGUCUAUGUCAGCACCGAGGGUGCCAAGGGCGGCAAGGAGGAGACUCUCGACGCCGACGUCGUCCUCGUGUCUGUCGGCCGUGUCCCCGUUACGAAGAACCUUGGCCUCGAGAAGAUCGGCGUUGAGGUUGACCCACGCGGGCGCAUCGUCAUCGACGACCAGUACAACACCUCCGUGCAGGGCGUCAAGUGCAUCGGUGAUGUGACGUUCGGACCGAUGCUCGCGCACAAGGCGGAGGAGGAGGGUAUUGCGGCGGUCGAGUACAUUAAGACGGGUCACGGGCACGUCAACUACCACGCCAUCCCGUCAGUCGUAUACACGCACCCCGAGGUCGCAUGGGUAGGCAAGACGGAGCAGGAGCUUAAGGCGGCGGGCGUGCAGUACAAGAUCGGCAAGUUCCCGUUCACGGCAAACUCGCGCGCCAAGACGAACCUCGACACCGAGGGCCAGGUCAAGUUCAUCACGGAGAAGGAGACAGACCGUAUUCUCGGCGUGCACAUCAUCGGUCCCAACGCCGGUGAGAUGAUCGGAGAGGCGACCCUCGCGCUCGAGUAUGGUGCAAGCGCGGAGGACGUCGCACGGACGACGCACGCUCACCCGACGCUCAGCGAGGCCUUCAAGGAGGCCGCGAUGGCUGCGUACCAGAAGGCGAUCCACUUCUAGACUUUGUGGCUGUAGCUAAGUUCGUAGCGGUAGAUAGUCGGCACUAUGAUUUAUGCACAGUAUACUAAUCGCCAA